GCGUGCGUCGCCGUCGCGCAAGGCGCGCGCGAGCAGCUCAGCAGCCAACCAGCUGGCCUCCCGGAGCGCGCAGGUCGGCCUGAACGCCGCGCUCGUGCCAAGCCUCACCCCUGUCUCGCCGCUGAAGCGAGCGGCUCGGCGGUCUUCGGGCACUACGAGAUGCUCCGCCGCGCCUCAAGCUCCCAGCGCGGCCAAGGAGGUGGCGGAGGAGGGGAGCGGCAGCAAGGGCUUCGGCGUCUUCCGCCUCACGUACGACCUCAAGGAGAUCCGCUCUUACACACCGCCCGUUGCUCCCUCGUUGCGCGUGCUCACCACCCCAGGAGGAGCACGAGCGGCGCAACUGGAACAAGACGAUCCGCGUGGCGGUAUCGGGCGCGGCGGGCAUGAUCUCCAACCACUUCCUCUUCAAGGAGUGGCGAUGGAGCUGGAAGAUUCGCUCUUCCCGCUGCUGCGCGAGGUGAGCAUCAGCAUCGACGCGCGCACCGCCUUUGCUGACGUGGACUGGGCGCUGCUCAUCGGCGCCAAGCCACGCGCGGCCCGGCAUGGAGCGCGCCGACCUGCUCGACAUCAACGGCCAGAUCUUCGCAGAGCAGUGCGCUCAUCCUGCCUCAAGAACGCGCCCAAGCUGAACCCCAGGAACUUCCACGCGCUCACCAAGCUGGAUGAGAACCGCCGCCAAGUGCCAGGUAUGUGCGUGAGGGUUGGCUGCUCUGGGGUGCUGUGUGCGCCUAGUGCCAGGUAUGUGCGUGAGGGGUUGGCUGCUCUGGGGGCUGCUGUGUGCGCCAAGUGCCAGGUAUGUGCUGGAGGGUUGGCUGCUCUGGGGGCUGCUGUGUGCGCCAAGUGCCAGCUAGCGCUCAAGGCGGGGGUGUUUUACGACAAGAUAUCAAACAUGACCAUCUGGGCAACCACUCCACCACCAUGGGUUUUCUCACUGGGUUUCCCCCCUGCUUAUCUUUUUCUGCCCGUCCCUCUCACCUUCCCCACCUCCUCUCCCCACCAGGUACCAGACUUUGUGAAUGCGCGCAUUCUGGGCUUCCCAGCAACGGACGUCAUUGGCGACCGCAAGUGGCUGGAGGAGCAGUUCACGCCGCAAGUGCAGACGGAGGUGCUGUCACGCAUGUCCGAGGAGGUGCUGUCACGCAUGUCCGAGGAGGUGCUGUCACGCAUGUCCGAGGAGGUGCUGUCACGCAUGUCCGAGGAGGUGCUGUCACGCGUGUCCGAGGAGGUGCUGUCACGCGUGUCCGAGGAGCGUGGUGGCGCGUUGAUCAAGAAGUGGGGUCAGCCGGGUCGCGGGUGGACGCUACCAGGGCGCUCACCCUCCCUCUCUACCCCUUCAACUCUUCCCCCACCCUCUGGCUACAGCGUGCGUGGUGGCGCGCUGAUCAAGAAGUGGGGGCGCUCCUCAGCAGCGUCAACAGCAGUGUCGCUGGUGGACGCCAUCAGGGCGCUCACCACGCCCACGCCUGAGGGCGACUGGUUCUCAACGGGCGUGUACACCAAGGGGAACACCUAUGGCAUCGAUGAUGACCUCAUCUUCAGCCUGCCCUGCCGCUCCAAGGGGGGAGCAAGCUGGAAACAGCGAUGGCGACCCAGGCAGCUGCAAUGCAGGCGGCCUGUCGUCCGCUUAUUCCCAUUCUGCACGUCACUUCACUCCAAUUUCCCUCCUCCUUUUUCCCCCUACCAUGCCUUCCUCCCCACCUUCCCCUGCACGCCAUUCCCCGUGUGUGGCUGGCAGGGCGACGGGGACUACGAGGUGGUGUCUGGUCUCAUAGUGGACGAUUACCUGCGUGCUCGCAUCAACAAGAGUGAGGUGGUGGUGGUGAGAGAGAGUGAGGUGGUGGUGGUGAGAGAGAGUGAGGUGGUGGUGGUUAGAGAGAGUGAGGUGGUGGUGGUUAGAGAGAGUGAGGUGGUGGUGGUUAGAGAGAGUGAGGUGGUGGUGGUUAGAGAGAGUGAGGUGGUGGUGGUUAGAGAGAAGAGUGAGGUGGUGGUGGUUAGAGAGAGUGAGGUGGUGGUGGUUAGAGAGAGUGAGGUGGUGGUGGUGAGAGAGAGUGAGGUGGUGGUGGUGAGAGAGAGUGAGGUGGUGGUGGUGAGAGAGAGUGAGGUGGUGGUGGUGAGAGAGAGUGAGGUGGUGGUGGUGAGAGAGAGUGAGGUGGUGGUGGUGAGAGAGAGUGAGGUGGUGGUGGUGAGAGAGAGUGAGGUGGUGGUGGUGAGAGAGAGUGAGGUGGUGGUGGUGAGAGAGAGUGAGGUGGUGGUGGUGAGAGAGAGUGAGGUGGUGGUGGUGAGAGAGAGUGAGGUGGUGGUGGAGUGA